GAAGCUGGUGCAGCUCCAGCCCCAGACAUGUCCUGCUACACCCCGUGCCGGCCCUGCCAGCCCUGCGGCCCGACCCCGCUGGCCAACAGCUGCAAUGAGCCCUGUGUCAGGCAGUGCCAGGACUCCACUGUUUUCAUCCAGCCCUCCCCCGUGGUGGUGACCCUGCCCGGGCCCAUCCUCAGCUCCUUCCCACAGAACACCGCCGUGGGAUCCUCCACCUCCGCUGCCGUUGGCAGCAUCCUCAGCUCUCAGGGAGUGCCCAUCAACUCCGGGGGCUUUGGCCUCUCUGGCCUUGGUGGUGGCUACUGUGGCAGGAGCUGCUUCCCCUGCUAAAGCUGCUGCCCCUGGCCCUGGCAAGGAACCCAGGGACACACAGGAUGGAACUGCCCUGGGGACGCAGCAUCAUCUUGCUGCUUCCAGAGGGGCUGAGCGAGCCCAGCAGCCCUUGCAGAAGGACGGGGCCAGCCUGGGCUCUGGGCAAGCACGGCCCAGCCCUGCCUCUGCCCUCUGCCACUCUCUCCUUUCCCUCCUGUGUCCUUGUUCCCUUCUGCUCCUGUGGGCUCUCAGCCCCACAGAACCAGCCUGGGGAGGACUUGCUGGCCCUGUUCCCUCUCUGGAUCAGGAAGAUGGGAUCUCUGCCACAGCCAUGGACACACACUAUUGUCUGCCCGUAGUUCUUCCUGUGCUGGAUUCCCCACUCCAACCGACCUCAUUUUCAUCUUUUCACUGAUUAAAGUUCUAUUGCAUCCCAGCUCAUGUCUCUGUGUCAUCCUUUCCCCUGCAGGUGCUCUCCCCAGAUGUCCAGGGAGAGAGGGGAUCCUCAGCGAUGUUUCUCAGAGUAUUUUUGGGGGUGCUUGUGCAAUGUGUAUUGGCACAAUGAUUGGUACCUGAAAGGCUGUGGGAAGACUUUCCAAAGUAUCCAUCCUUUGGUGAAUGCCUGAGCGUUAACCUGGUGGUGCAAGGCGGUGUGUGAUGACCUUCCAGUCCCUUUGUUUUUCCUCUUUUUUGUGUUCCCCUGAUCUCAAACCCAGGGUAUCCCACUCUCUUGCUCUCCCAGUUCUCCCCCACCCCACUGGGACAGUGGAUCUAGAGCAGAGCUGCUCGGUGCUCAGUGCUGACUGGGUUAAACACACCCACACAGGCCCCCAGCCUGUGCAUCUCCCCCUUGCCCUGCUCAUUCCCUGUCUGUGCCCAGGCCUUCCUGGGAAUGUUUUUGGGGAGAGAGAGCCCAGGGAGACACAGAGCAGGAAGAGAGGCAGCGGGUAUGGACUGAGUGUC